AUGAAAGGGAAAGGGGGCGUGGUUAGAGCCCCGCGAGCUCAAACGGACAGGUGGAGUCACAAUGAAAGCUGCGCGCGCAGCCGCUGUCCCCGCCCACCUCGGGGGCGGGGCGGGGCCUGGGCUCGCAGGGUGCGCGCGCAGCUCGCUACCUGUCCGUUGCCGGUCUCCAUCCUAAGCUUCCGGUUACCUGGGGGCCUGAGAGGCCGCUCUCCCGCCUCCGCCCUGGACGCUCCUGCACUGCAGACUCCCCCGAGACGGGGGCCCCGGACCCCAGGGCUCAGAAGGACUCAACCAGGACUUUCCAAAAGUUGCCGCGGGGCCUUCCAAUCCCCUCGGCCAUCUCCCAAGUCUGGCCAGGCUGAUGGAGCCAGCGAGGAUUCUCUGCACCUUGACAUUCAGAAACUGAAGGAGAAGAGGGACCUGCUGGACACGGAGAUCUCCCAACUAAUAUCUGAAGGCUACAGUGUGGAUGAACUGGAGGACCACAUCUCCCAGCUCCACGAGUAUAACGACAUCAAGGAUGUAGGCCAGAUGCUGCUAGGCAAGCUAGCCGUGAUCCGAGGUGUCACCACCAAAGAGUUGUAUGCAGAAUUUGGCUUGGACAUGAAUGACUGAGCAAAGGCUAACAGCCCCUUGCCCAUGGCCCACUGGGACAGGCAGAUUUGGACAUGAGAGGCAACGAGAGC